AUGCCGCAUGCGCACUCGAGUUCUGCAGCGAGCUCGGGCGGCGACGACCUGGGCUCCACGGACGAGGUCAAAGUAUUUAAAGACGAAGGAGACGGAGAAGACGAAAAAAGAAGUUCCGAGAAUCUUCUAGAAGAGAAGUCUAGUCUUAUCGAUUGGACUGAAAGUGAAGAGAAGUCCGGCGAGCCUUAUUCCGGUAAACUAUCGGUGAAGUCGGAUCUAAGUCCUGUAUUUGGUAAAUUUGAGCCGCAUCCCGCAGCAGGCUUCAACAUGGGCUAUCUCAUGGCGCCAUACCCCUACCCCAAUGGUGGUGCACAUCCACUGCCCGUCCCUAUGGUAUUCGAUGAACGUCUGCUAAAAGCUGGCAAGAUGGGUCUACCGGCGGGUGGUAGCCUGUCACUGUUUUGUCCCGGCGGUGACCUGGGACAGCCCCCGCCCGCACAUAUGGGCAUCCCUCCCCCCUACCAGCUAGACUCCAAGUUGGCUGCAGGGCUCGCACGGACGCCAAUGUACCCCUUUCCAGGGGGUACAUACCCUUACCCCAUGCUCAGUCCUGAGAUGUCGCAGGUUGCGGCCUCAUGGCAUACCCCAAGCAUGUACCCUAUAUCUUCGGCAGCGAGUGGCUUCCGGAGUCCUUACCCCACGUCGCUGCCUAUUAGCAGUUCUAGUCUAUCAAGCGAAUUAUACCGAUUUUCUCCAACGUUGGGCGGUGGUCUGGGGCUGGGCCUGGGCCCUGCGCUAGUCCCUCCGCCGCCUUCUAAGUCUGAUCUAUUCACGCAUCAUUCAAGGUCACAAGAGAAAGGGUCGAGCAGCUCGGACAAGCCGACCGAGAGCUCUGCUAGCAGCAAUAAUAAAGAACAGAAUAAAAAGCCUCACAUCAAGAAACCUUUGAACGCCUUCAUGCUCUAUAUGAAAGAGAUGAGGGCGAAGGUAGUAGCUGAGUGCACUUUGAAGGAGUCCGCUGCUAUUAAUCAAAUUCUCGGCAGACGGUGGCAUUCGUUGAGUCGCGAGGAGCAAGCAAAGUACUAUGAGAAAGCGAGACAAGAGAGACAGCUCCAUAUGCAGUUGUACCCCGGCUGGAGCGCGCGCGACAACUACGGUUACGGUUCCAAAAAGAAAAAGCGGAAAAAGGACCGCGGUCCCGCUGAACUGGGAGGAAAUAGUUUGAAGAAAUGUAGAGCGAGGUAUGGCCUCGAUCAACAAAACCAAUGGUGCAAACCUUGCAGGCGGAAGAAGAAGUGCGUGCGCUACAUGGAAGCCCUAGAGGCGGCGGGGAGCGUGCCUCCCAUGGUGACGCCCCAAUCCCCUUGCUCUGAUGACGAUGUUAAACUGGAAGAGUUAUCCGACGCCUCCAGCGAUGAGGACACCCCCCUAACUGCCUCUAGUCCCGGGGGACUCAGUGCCCUCUCCUCCCUAGCCUCCCCCGCAUCCGACCCCCCACCACCACCCCGCAAUCCCGUGGGAACCAAUCCCCGGGAUGCAAACAAUCCCCUAUCCGUAGGACAACUCACCUCUCAGUCGUGGCCCCGCGCCCAGACCCGACCCGGACAUGAAGUGAUAUCCGUUUCA